CUGUGAUGGAGGACGGGAGGGGCCUCUCAAGUCAAAGACUGACAAUAUCUUAUGCAAUAUCAAGGGGCAGGGGGGAAACUCGUGGUUUAUCAUCAAGCGUUCCUCCAGUUUCGGUUUCCUUUCCUGAUUUCUGUCUCCGUGAUGAUUUCCUUUCCAUGAAACGGGCAGAGUUCCUCACUUCUCCCCGAGCGCAGCUCAGAGCAGGCAGCGCCAGCCCUCGACUGGAAGACGUUGAGUUUCGUUUUCUCUCGCUCUUCUGGACGGGGGAGUCCUCCUCCUGCUUUCUUCAGCCCCUUCCUCACAGCCCCAUCUCCGCUCAGUCAAAGCAGAAAGUAUGUCUGCUCCAGGUACUUCAGCUGAAAUUUUGGAGUGGUUCAGAGCCCAUAAAAUGGAGAUUUCUGCUGCAAUUAGAGAUUUGUUUCCUUUUCUCUAUGGCCUACGAGACAAGAAUAUAAUCUCUGAAGAAAAUUUUCAGAAUUUGCUAGAUUGGGUAACUGCAAAUCCAGAUGAUAUUCAAAGAGUGGUGUACAAUGUCCUUGAGAGCAUUCAGGGCAAUCUGUCAGCAAUAGAGGAAAUCUUCUGCAGCAGUAACCUGGCAGCAUAUCAAGACUUACGGCCACUAUAUGAAAGCCUAGGAAAUGGGACACAAGAGCAAAGUCUGGAUUUCCAGGGCACGACACUGCCCGUAACCUGUGGAACAGCACAAGGCAUUUUACAUACGGAUAUAUUUGCAACAGGAGUUUCAAGAAAAAGUAUUGAGGGUUCCAAUGGAGAGUGGUUCACACCAUCACAAUUUGAGAUUGAAGGAGGACGUAAACAAUGGAAAUCGUGGAGGAGAAGUAUCCAAUGUGGGAAGACUUCAUUAGACACAUUAAUAAAGGUAUGUCAUUCACUUGUAACAGCCAUAAUUUUAAUGCCUCAUUUUCUUACUUGCAGCUCCAAAGGAAUUUCAGAAGAUACCAUUAAGGCUUUACAGAUAAAAAUCCACAUAUUUUAUUCUUAA